UGAGCGCGGCCGCAUGAUGCCUCCCCGCCGCCGGACGGCCGGGACCAGCGGCGGCGGCGGCGUUGGCCGGCGGGUCCUGGCCCCCCCGCCGCCCCGGGGGCCUCCGAUCACAUCAGAUAUGGCUAUAUGCACUUAAGAGGCCAAGGGAAAUGCACAAUGUCCAAAAUUUAAAAGCAAAUAAACUUAAGGGCACAUCCAGGAAAUCAUGCAGUCAUCAGGGCACAGGUUCCGGGAUGUUGAGCACCAUCCCCUUCUGGCCGAAAAUGAGAAUUAUGACUCCUCAUCCGAAGCCGACGUGGCAGACAGGAUUUGGUUCAUUCGGGAUGGCUGCGGCAUGGUCUGCGCCGUCAUGACGUGGCUUCUAGUGGUCUAUGCAGACUUCGUGGUGACUUUUGUCAUGUUGCUGCCUUCCAAAGACUUCUGGUAUUCUGUGGUCAAUGGUGUGAUUUUUAAUUGCCUGGCGAUUUUAGCUCUGUCAUCUCAUCUGAGAACAAUGCUAACUGACCCCGGGGCUGUACCCAAAGGAAAUGCCACUAAAGAAUAUAUGGAGAGUUUGCAGUUGAAACCCGGAGAAGUGAUCUACAAGUGCCCCAAAUGUUGCUGCAUCAAACCUGAACGUGCACACCACUGCAGUAUUUGCAAACGAUGCAUUCGGAAGAUGGAUCACCACUGCCCCUGGGUGAACAAUUGUGUGGGAGAAAAAAAUCAGAGAUUUUUUGUGCUCUUUACAAUGUAUAUAGCUCUAUCUUCAGCACAUGCUCUUAUCCUGUGUGGGUUUCAGUUUUUUUCCUGUGUCCGAGGACAGUGGACUGAAUGCAGUGACUUUUCUCCACCUGUAACUGUAAUCCUAUUGAUCUUCUUGUGCCUUGAGGGUCUCCUAUUUCUCACUUUUACUGCAGUUAUGUUUGGCACCCAAAUCCACUCAAUAUGCAACGAUGAAACGGAGAUUGAAAGACUCAAAAGUGAAAAGCCAACGUGGGAACGGAGACUACGAUGGGAAGGCAUGAAAUCUGUUUUUGGGGGCCAGCCGUCACUCCUAUGGAUAAAUCCUUUUGCUGGAUUUCAAAUCAGGAGGCUUCUCCUUAGAGCAAAGAAAGGGGGACCAGAGUUUUCUGUUUGAGAUCUGUCUUCCCACGCUGGAACUUGCAAACUUACUAUAAAAUAUUUAUUUGGGGUCUGAAAGGCUGUCGACAUAUAAUCUGUGACCUGUCGGAACUGAAACUAACACAAACGUUGCUUGUAGCAAGCAGAGUUUUAUACAUUUUUAGUCACGGAGAUCAUCAACUUUCCCAAAUGUUAAGUGGAUGCUGUAAUGGAUUUUCAGCACAACAACCAAUGGGAGGUGUACGGCCACGCUAAAGAAGCCAAAUGUCAUUAUCCUACUGUGAGACUAAUUAUGAUUUUUGUUAAAUCCUUUUCAUUUGAUAAAAUGUUGUUUGGGGUAUUGCAUAUGCUAUUUUAUUAAGAUACUAUGUACUGAGCUGUGGUUGUCAAUCAUGAAGACAGAUACUAAUGUAGGGGGAAACAGGGGAAAGAGAGGUCUAGAACUUAUAGCUUCAGGGAGUUGUUUACCACCUCAGAUCAUUUAUUGACUGCAUUUCUGCUUGGCUUAACAAGACAGGGACAUUGGCCCAGGAUCAUCUCUUGCACUGAAGAUGCAAAAGCUUAGUGCACUGAGCAACCCAGACAAGUCAGGUACAGUUCUCUAAUUCAUUCAUUCUCCCCUCCUCGUCCAGUCCCCCAGGAGAGAGCAUUUUCUUGCCCCUCAAAGCAAUUGAUUUAUUUUAAUGUCUCUUUCCCCCUGUAGAAUGUCAGCUCCUUAUGGGCGAGCAUCAUGUCCACCAACUUUCCUGAGGGCUUAGUACAGCGCCCUGUUCACAGUAAGCGCUCAAUAAAUACCACUGAUUGAGCGAGCAGCCUGCCUUUCUCUUUUUAUUCCCUCUUUUGGGAGUAGAUUUUUCCCAAUGUUAUGGCAUUUAAUGACUGUGUACAGCAACAAAAGCAUUUUUAAAACCUACUUUCAGGGAGGAGGGCAGCACUAUGAUUAUAUCCUCUUGGGGGGUUAAUUAUGAAUGUAUUGCAGUAUGGAGAGUAACCCAAUCCGAAGCAUAAUCACUCCUUUCUGGUCCUAUUUUGCCCAUUUAUUACUUUUUUUUUUUUUAAGAAAUGUGGACCUUGAGCACAGUCUGGAACUGAUUUUUCAGCCAGUGAACUAAUGAACUAGCGGCACUCUCAGUGAGAAGGCAGAGAGAAACCUUGUUUUAGCCCAAUUUUUUGUGCUACUUCAUAUUUAAGGAGAAAAACACACCACGCUGAAGGGACAUUUCAAUUUCAUUAGCAGCAGCAAGGUGAUUUUAAGGAAAUGACCACUGUAGAAUAAGCUGCCUAUGGUAGCUUUGCCGCAAAUGUUAAUGGGGGAAGCGUGUAUGUUGCCAUUCUAGGGAUAAACUUAACUGAAAAUAGGCCAUCAGGUAUAGUAGAGCUAGAAUUCCUUCUGGUGUCAUCACAUAUGUUCCUUUUACCCGUGGGAUGAUUGAGAAACAGGAACCGUGAUUCAGAGUUUAAAACUAACCCUGGACAGUAAACGGCUCCCUCAUUUCAGGUUUGCCUUAAAACAUUUUCAGUUUAUGUUUACUUGGCCAGUAGCUUGAAUAGCCAGGCUGUGAGUGUGGGUAGUAAUUUGGUCCAGGGGCCACUUACCAUGUUUUGUAAGUGGCUCGGGGCCAGUUGAUGGUGAAGAGAAUGGUCGGGGGGUUGUGGAAGACGGUCGAGCUCUAGAAGAGCAGCCACUUUAAUCCGUGGUGGCUCCUUCUUAACGGCUUAGUUAGGGAGCACUGACUUGUCACUGGCCUUGGGGACAUGGAGUUUGCUCCUUAGGGCUGGAACCAGCAUCCAGCCAAUGUACGUAGAAGCGAUUUGCCCAGUGUCAGCCCUCGGUACAGAUUCAGUCCUCUGGUAGGCCAUUUCGGAGUUGGGAACCAUCUUUUGCCUACCCCCUAGUCUUUAACAUGUUCUAGGGCAUUUCGUCAGUUUACCUCAUGGGCUAAAAAAAUGUAUGUUUCCCGUGGGCACAAACUGUUUAUCUGUGAAAAAGUCUGUUAAAGAAUAUCUCCACCCUCCCCUCAUCAGGGCCUGUACCACUGGAGGUGUGAAUUAACUAAGAGAUCACUAUACACAAUCGCCAAAUGAACAAAACUCUGUACAAUAUUUCUGAAUCUGUAUUAAAUAUUUGCAGAAAUGUAUAUAGUAGCAGGGAAUCGGUGGGCCCAUUCAGUGCAUCACAGUCAGGUGAACAAAAAUGUAUAUUGUAUGUAACCUAGGUGAUAUGAGUGAGUUCCAGAAUAAUCGUGCAUCUUCCGUUGCACAACUUCCCUUGAGAGUGAAAACAUGAUCUGAGCUUUGCCCUGAGGCUUUUAAUAUGUAUAUUCUGUUCGUCAAAAAUCGAGAAAUUCAAAGCGGUUAAAUCCUGUGAGACCUAGCAAGUGUGUGUGAAAUCAAAGUUUACUUGGCUUUUCAACCCCUUGUUAUAUUGUAAUUUUUUAUAUAAAAUAAAAUAAUAAAUUGACAGCA